ACAAUCUAAUAUGUGAAACGACUUAUGAUCAUAAACCCGGAAGUUAUAAAAAUGUUUUAUGAAACAACAUGUCAUGAAUAUUCUGUUGGAAGUUUUAUCGACAGAUAUCAGAAUGAAAUGCCACAGUUGGUCAUGGUUAAACAUGGUUACCAAGGAGAAACUGGAAACGACACCUUAGAUACAGGACAGGUACUUAGAAUUCAUGGUGUAUACAAACAAACCAGAAUUUUAGCAAUAGUUAAAAAAGAUUCCAACAGAUGUUUUGGAUAUGGAGAUAUUUCAGUCAGUAUCCCUCAAGAUUGUAACAUACCAGUCUAUCUUAUCAAAAGAAAUAAUCCAGUGAAAUGUUCAGCAUUGCUACAUGAAGUUAUUGCUAAACAUAAACUACCAGUCGAGGUCAAGUGUGACACCGCAGAGGAACCGGAAAUAACAUUAAAAGGUCGUAAAGCACGUUUAAUCGGAGACAUAAGACUUAAAUUGAUACAAGAAAGCGAUUUGAAAUACAUGUAUGGAAACCCAGUAAAUAAAGGACAGUUAUAUCGAAACGUUGUUUCCAUACCCUAUCACAUGACCUGUUUGACGUUGUCUGUCAUAACAGGGUUAGAAAAUGGUAACCAAGACUACUGGGCGUCCAUUUUACAUUCCAUGACGUAUACAGCAGACAAUUAUAUAAAGUUUGACGGCCAAAUGGGUGGAAAUGAUUUUCUGACGUUCCCUACAUCAGCUACAGCUCCAAUGGAAUAUGAUUUUAUUGAGACCAAUAAAUCUUAUUUGACAACUAAUAGGAGAAAAGACCCAACUUAUGUAUCAACAAAGUCUUCCAUCCAAGAUGAACAUUUCUAUGAGGAAAUCCCAGCUGAUAGAGUGAAGUCCGAACAGCUUAAUAUAUCUAACAGAACAAAGGUGUAUUCAGAGGACAGUGACAUUACUGAAACUACAAAUCUUCCAUAUGAAAAUUUAAAUAAAAUAAGUAUUCCAAACAGAACAAUAGUGUCUUCAGAGGACUGUGACAAUACUGAAAUCCCAAAUCUUUCAUAUGAAAAUUUAAAUAAACUAAGUAUUACAAACACAACAAAAUUGUCAUCAAAAGUGUCUUCAGAGGAGGGUGACAUUACUGAAAUCUCAAACCUUCCAUAUGAAAAUUUAUAUAAACUUAGUACCGUUAUCGCUAAAUCAGAUUCUGGUGACUUACAAACUCUGGCAACAAAUACUAUAACUGACUUAGCAUUUGAAAACCAGGAGUAUCAAAACACACCAACGUCAGAAAGCACAAAUUGUGACUACGAAAUAAGGAAGAAACUGGAUAAGACUUCGCGGAAGAUAAAUAUCGUAAAUACAAUAUCUUGCCCUCCUGAUGUGGAGAAUUUGUCAGUUCAAGAAUUAGGACAGUAUUUACAUGUUUUGAACUUGGGAAAACACGAAGAAAGUCUUUCCGAUGCUCUCAUUGAUGGAUCUCUUAUCAAAGAACUGGAUGAAAACAUUCUUCGAGAGGAGUUUGGUUUCACACGAUUUGAGGCAAUAAAACUGAUGAAAUUUGCGCGAGAUGGAUAUUUGCCAAAAACUUCACAAGAAACCUUUUUAUAACGAUUGUUUGCUGAAUGUAUCGACAGCCGAACAAAAAAAAUCCUUAUUUUUUAUGUUAAAAUACCCUAUGCUUUACUUAGAUUGUGCUUUGCUUGAUCGCCUUAGAUCAGAAGAGACAGCAACUAACAAGUAUUUAGUCCGUAAAGUGUUUUGUCGAACAGUAUCUUAAUUAAACACGAUAGGCAUGAUAAGCAUACUUAUCAAAUCGAAACGUCAACAGAAAUCACUUUAUUACAUGUACAUAUUUGAAUUGUCGUAACUACAAUGCCAUCCUCUUUUCCUGGAUUUUGACUUCAGCGAAUGGGACUUAUCACAGUCUUUGUACUGACUAUGAACAACACGAAGGUUGCCACGUGUGGAGUUUGAUAAUCAUGCUUAGCCUUCCGAAGCACCCGAGUGUUUUGACUGCCGGAUUCUCUUUGACCUUUAAAUUUUAAACGUCUCUUUGAUAUCUUCCGCCCAUUUUUAUUUGAUUUAUUUAAUUAUACAGUUGUUUGAAUCAAGGCAGUAUUUUUAUGUUAUAGUUAUUGACCAAGCAAGAGGGUCAUUUAAUCAGCACGGCUCGGGUGACCCUACUUGACCAAAAAAACGUAGAAGUUCGGGUAAAAGGGUCAUCCUGACCGUGCAGAUAAAAUUAUAUAUACCGAUUUGAUUGUUCAAUAACUGUUUUAACGCACAUGAAGCCAUCAAUAAUCAUGACCGUUUUGGAAAUAUUCGGGCGAUAUUCAAUCCACGGCUCCUGUGAAAGUUUGCUUGUAGGGUGAAGAAAGGGGGAACAUUUAAGUAAUAAAAGGUUGGUAACUUUUAAA